CAACCGCUCGUUGAUGACGUUGCGGCGUAAAUUGCCGGUGAAAAAAUAAUAGAUGAUGAUGUUGAUUUUGGUAGACAAACUCCAAUUGGUGGUGUUGUUGGUGGACAAACUCCAAUUGGUGGUGAUGUCGGGGACAAACUCCAAUUGAUGGAGAUGUUAGUUGUGGCGGAUUUGGUGGUAGAUUUUCCUUUGUUGGUGCCGACACAUCGAAAUGUGCUUGUGAAUGCACCUAUUGCAAGCGGCGAAUGGAUGAUUUGAUAAAAAAUGUUGAGGAGUUGGUGAAGGCACAAAAAGACACAAAUUCUGCUUUACAGAGUUUGUUAUCCAAGAGGGGUGUCAAUCCAUCCAAGAAGCUGACCUCACCCUAUACUCCUAUUCGCAUUCGCAAGAAGGGAAAAGCAAUUUCCAAGGCAGUUGCCGAUGUUAGGUCAAGGAAAUCUUCUACACCCCACAAGGCAGCUGUUGUUGUUGAUCUAAAAAAGGUAAAUGUGUAUAAGCAUGCAGAUGCUCAAAAAAUGAAAAAGCUUGAAAAAUUCGUCAAUGCCAAGAAGAGCAAGGGUACGAUGUAUUCAUUGCAUGAAUUUAAGGCCGAUGACUUCAGGAUAAUGACAAGCAUGGAAGAUUGGUGGCUGGCCAGUUAUGUUGAUGAAAUUAUGCUCUUAAUGCGUGUGAGGCAAAGCACUUUCACCGAGCACUAUGCUUCCACGUAUAUAAUCUUGGAUCUCAACUUCUACAAUAUCAUGCUCAAGCGAUACACAGUAGUUGUCGGAUGA